AGGAUCAGAAUGAACUCUACAGAGGUUUCAUAUUUCACACUUGCUGCCUAUUUUCACACUGGGGUUUUCAAAUACCUGUUUUUCAUGAUUGUCAUGUUUUUAUAUCUUCUAAUUAUCUGUGCCAAUGUUCUGCUGAUUGUGGUUAUCUGUCAGAACAGAAGCUUACAUGAACCCAUGUACUUGUUCCUGUGCAGCCUGUUUGUAAAUGAACUGUAUGGUAGUACAGGGUUGUUUCCAUUCCUGCUGGUUCAGAUCCUCUCUGACAUUCACACUGUUUCUGUGCCUUUUUGUUUCCUGCAGAUUUUCUGUUUUUACUCUUAUGCCUGCAUUGAAUUUUUUAACUUAGCCAUCAUGUCUUAUGACAGAUACCUCGCUAUCUGUUAUCCACUACAGUAUAACAUACAUAUGACACAUAGCAGGAUAACAGUACUUAUUGCUCUAACAUGGUCAUAUGCUUCUAUCUUAUGUAUGGCUCCAAUAGCACUUAUUGCCCCUUUACAGCUGUGUGGGAACAUUCUUAACAAAGUGUACUGUGACAAUUAUUAUAUUGUUAAACUGGCCUGCGUUAACACAACUGUCAAUAACAUCUAUGGACUUGUUGCCACAUCUCUUACAAUCUUAUGUGCUGUAAUCUUAAUCCUUUACACUUACAUAAAGAUCCUUAAAGUGUGUUUUUCUGGCUGUAAACAGACCAGACAGAAAGCUAUCAGUACCUGCACACCUCACCUUGCUUCUCUGCUCAACUUCUCCUUCGGGGCUUUCUUUGAAAUAUUACAGAGCCGGUUUAAUAUGAGCAACGUACCAAAUAAAUUGCGCAUUUUUUUAUCAUUAUACUGGCUUACAUGCCAGCCACUUUUCAACCCUUUACUGUAUGGUCUGAAUAUGUCGAGUAUCCGUGUCAUUUGUAAAAAUCUGAUUUUUGCCUCAACAUAG